AUGGAGCAGAUAGAAUUUCCUUCCCACGACCCGACACAUCUACAUGGGGGCUGGAAUUUGUUCAGUCAGCUCCCGGUGAUGUUCUUGAGUUCGGAAACCACUCGGAACCUGCUGGCAACUCACCCCAAUUUAGCCGCAAAUUUCACCGCUUCUUCCCUGUUUCUUUCUUGCCCCUGUAACGAUGGCUGGGGUCCAGUUUCGCCCACUUUGAGUGAUAUCACUCCGUGCUUUCUCCAGGGUGCCUUGAUGGGAGCCGCGGCUUUGUUUAUGGUGGUUUGUGGUGCCUGGCAAAUCCAAUCGCUUCGCACCACCAAAUCGUCAAUUGCCAAUCGAGUGGGAUGGCCGUUUUACACCAAGUUGGUGCUCGUGGCGGUGCUGGUAGUGCUUGCUGCUGCCCAGGCGGUGGCGUAUACGGAGUCUGGGAUCAUCCGGACGUCGGUAAUUGUCAAUUUUGUGGCGACAAUUGUGGCCCUUGGACUUCAUUACAUCGAGCAAUUUAAGUCUAUCAUUCCUAGCGGAGUUCUUCUCUCAUACUGGUUGCUCGAGGUCAUUUUCGGGCUUGGAAAGGUCAUCAACCUCAACUUGAGGCACCAGUUGGACACAAAUUAUGCUGUUUUUUCAAUCUUGUUCUUGGUAACAGCCUUUUUGAUUUUGGCGAUCGAAAUGCUGUUUCCAAUGGAACCGCUCGACCCAUCGCAGAAAAGCCGUUCUCCCCAUGAAAGAGCCAACUUGUUCUCUCGUAUAACUUUCACCUGGAUGGCUCCGUUGAUGAAAAAGGGUUACGUUCAAUACUUGACCGAAUACGACCUUCCACCAUUGCCCAACUUCUUAAAGUCGAGCACCACCUCUCAGCUGUUCCUCCACAACUGGGAAAACCAGCGCGGAAACAAGUCUCUCGUCAGCGCUCUUUCCAAGUCUUUUGGAGCGGACUUUCUCCUCGGUGGUUUGUUCAAGGGUCUUCAAGAUUGUGCUGCUUUCAUCCAGCCUCAGCUCUUGAGAUUGCUCAUCAAGUUUGUCAACGAGUACUCUGAGUCCCUAAAAGCGGGCAAGCCAAUUCCUCUCACCAGAGGUCUCAUGAUCGCUGGCUCGAUGUUCAUUGUUUCUGUGGGUCAAACUACUUGUUUGCACCAGUAUUUCGAGCGUGCUUUCGAUAUGGGAAUGAAGUUCAAGUCGUCUUUGACUAGUGUCAUCUACAACAAAUCAUUGGUGUUGUCGAAUGAAACAAAGCAAGCCUCUACCACCGGUGAUAUCGUCAACCUCAUGUCUGUCGAUGUCCAGAGAUUGCAAGAUUUGACCCAAAACAUUCAAAUCAUUUGGUCGGGACCUUUCCAGAUUAUUUUGUGUUUGGUCUCGUUGUACAAUCUUCUCGGAAACUCGAUGUGGGCCGGAGUGUGUAUCAUGUUAAUCAUGAUCCCACUUAAUGGAGUCAUUGCUAGAUACCAAAAGAAGUUGCAAAGAACUCAAAUGAAGAACAAGGACGAAAGAUCCAGAUUGAUAAGCGAAAUCAUGAACAAUAUCAAAUCUUUGAAGUUGUACGGAUGGGAAAAGCCCUAUCUCGAUCGUCUCAAUUUUGUCAGAAACGAAAAGGAACUCAAAAACUUGAAACGGAUGGGUAUCUUCAGUGCUGUUUCUAUCUGUACCUGGACUUUCGCCCCAUUCAUGGUCUCGUGCUCUACUUUUGCGGUAUAUGUCUACACCCACCCAGAUGAAGCACUUCUGACUGAUAUCGUUUUCCCUGCCUUGUCGCUUUUCAACUUGCUUUCUUUUCCUUUGGCGGUGAUUCCCAACGUGAUCACUAACAUUGUGGAAGCCCAAGUGGCCGUUUCAAGAUUGACCAAGUUCUUGAGCUCGCCCGAGUUGCAGCGUGAAGCGGUAAUCAAGUGUUCUCGUGCCACUAAGGUGGGAGAAGUUGCAGUUGCAAUCAAAAAUGGAACUUUCUUGUGGUCCAAGGCCAAGGGCACGGAAAACUACAAGGUUGCAUUGUCCAAUAUCAAUAUUGAAAGUAAGAAGGGAGAUUUGGACUGUAUUGUGGGGAAAGUUGGAUCUGGUAAGUCUUCUCUUUUGCAAUCUAUAUUGGGAGACCUCUAUAAAUUGGAUGGUGAAGUGAGAGUUCAUGGUAAGGUGGCUUAUGCCCCACAAGUUCCAUGGAUCAUGAACGGAACAGUCAAGGAUAACAUUAUCUUUGGUCACAAAUACGAUGCUGAGUUCUAUGAUCAUGUCAUAAAAGCUUGUGCUUUGAACAUUGACUUGAAAAUUCUUCCCAAAGGAGACAAGACCGAGGUUGGAGAAAAAGGAAUCUCGCUUUCUGGAGGUCAGAAAGCUCGUUUAUCUCUCGCUAGAGCGGUUUAUGCCCGUGCUGAUGUGUACCUUUUUGAUGAUCCAUUGAGUGCGGUGGACGAACAUGUUGGAAAGCACUUGAUAGAUCACGUUUUGGGUCCACUGGGUUUGCUUAAAACCAAGUGCAGAAUCUUGGCUACUAACAAUAUAGGUGUUUUGAGUGUAGCAGACAACUUGCACAUGAUUAGUGAUGGUCGUUUGGUUGAGCAAGGUACCUACGAAGAUGUGAUGAAGCAGGAAGAAGGUUUACUUCGCCAAUUGAUCACCGACUUUGGUAAGAAACGUGAGGGUUCAUCGACACCUCCUAGCGACAAAGAAGCAGAGACCAAGUCUGUUGUUGAAAACUUGGAUUCAGACUGCGAUAUCGACGUAGCAAGUCUCAGAAGAGCAUCAGAUGCUUCUUUUGCAGCUGACGAGGCCAGAGUUAUAGCUGAAACCGAGCAAAGUGACGAUGCUAAAGCUCGUAGAGAGCACUUGGAGCAGGGCAAGGUCAAGUGGGAUGUCUACUUAGAGUACGCCAAAGCUUGUAAUCCUUCCAGUGUUGUUCUUUUCUUGGUUACCACAGUACUUUCUAUGGUUGUCAGUGUGUGCUCGAAUGUUUGGUUGAAGCAUUGGUCUGAAGUUAACACAAAGUAUGGUUUCAACCCCAAUAUUACCAAGUAUUUGGGAAUUUACUUUUUGUUAGGAAUGGCUUCUUCCUUGUUGAUCUUGGUGCAAACUUGUGUGAUGUGGAUUUUCUGUACUAUUAGUGGGUCAAAGAAACUUCAUAACGCUAUGGCAGUUAGUGUCCUUCGGGCUCCUAUGUCAUUUUUCGAGACAACUCCUAUAGGAAGAAUCUUGAACAGAUUUUCCAACGAUAUCUAUAAAGUGGACGAGGUGUUGGGACGAGUGUUCGGCAUGUUUUUCAGUAACACUACCAAGGUCAUUUUCACCAUCAUCGUCAUCUGUUUCCUGACAUGGCAAUUCAUCUUCAUCGUGGCCCCACUUGGAGUCUUAUAUGUGUACUACCAACAGUACUACUUGAGAACUUCUCGUGAGUUGAGACGGUUGGAUUCGGUGUCAAGAUCGCCUAUCUUUGCCAACUUCCAAGAAUCCUUGAAUGGUGUAACUACUAUUCGUGCUUUCGACCAAGUUCUGAGAUUCAAGUUCUUGAACCAGUCCAGAAUUGACAAAAACAUGAGCGCUUAUCAUCCAGCAGUCAAUGCCAAUAGAUGGCUCGCUGUAAGAUUGGAGUUCUUGGGUUCGUUCAUCAUCUUGAGUGCUGCUGGUUUGGCCAUUUUGACGUUGAGAUCGGGACACUUGACAGCAGGUUUGGUGGGUCUUUCAGUCUCGUAUGCUUUGCAAGUUACUCAGUCGCUCAACUGGAUUGUUAGAAUGACUGUUGAGGUUGAGACGAACAUUGUCUCAGUAGAGAGAAUCUUGGAGUACUCCAGAUUGACUCCCGAGGCACCAGAAGUCAUUGAGAGUCACAGACCACCUACUCUGUGGCCACUGCAAGGUGAGAUCACCUUCAAGAACUACUCUACUCGCUACAGACCUGAGCUUGAUUUGGUGUUGAAAAACAUUAAUCUUUCUGUCAAGCCCCAUGAAAAGGUCGGUAUUGUGGGAAGAACUGGAGCUGGAAAGUCUUCCUUGACGUUGGCUUUGUUCCGUAUAAUCGAGGCAAGUGGAGGUAACAUCAAUAUUGAUGCAGUCGAUACAAGUGCCAUUGGCCUUGCUGACUUGAGACACAAGCUUUCCAUCAUUCCUCAAGAUUCUCAGGUAUUCGAGGGUAACAUUCGUUCGAACCUUGAUCCCAACAAUAGAUUCACCGAAGACCAAUUGUGGAGAGCUUUGGAGUUGUCCCAUUUGAAGGAUCAUGUUAUGAAGAUGUACGAAGAACGCAAUGAAGACGACGAAGCCGAGAAUGCUCUUGAUGUCAAGGUCAGCGAAGGUGGCUCGAACUUGUCGGUUGGUCAAAGACAAUUGAUGUGUCUUGCCAGAGCAUUGUUGGUGCCUUCGCAUGUUCUCAUUUUGGAUGAAGCAACGGCCGCUGUGGACGUUGAAACCGACCAAGUAUUGCAAGAAACUAUUCGAACUGAAUUCAAAGACAGAACGAUUUUGACCAUUGCGCAUAGAUUGAACACAAUCUUGGACUCCGAUAAAAUCAUUGUUCUUGAAAAUGGUGCGGUUGCUGAGUUUGAUUCUCCUCAAAGCUUACUAAAGAACAAAGACUCCCUUUUCUACGCUCUCUGCAAGCAGGGUGGAUUCGUGGAUGAUGACUAG